AUGUAUAAUACAUGUCUUCCUGCCGAACCAUUAAUGCCCGGUCCAAUCAGCCAACUUUUUUAUGAUGGGUUGCCUUCCCGCAACCAAGUGCAGUAUCCUGCCCUGGCGGCUUCAGAUGCAAGCGCCUUACAGCCAUUAAUCCCGCCACCAACGCCGGUUCCGACGGAGGUGUCUACGCCCACAGAACUCGGGGAAUUUGCCUCAAACGUGGUUUAUCAGAUGUGGUACGUCAAGACUACUGGUUCAACAUUGGUUGACCAAGUACCUCCCCAGUCACCACUACCAAGUCAACCCGCUAAUUUGUCUCAAACAGCAAGCUCACAAUUUAAGAACUUUUGCGUUCAGGUAUUACUACAAACACAAUUGUCCAACACUGUAGUCAUUUUAUCCCUGAAGUAUGUACAAAGGUUCGUCAAGGGCGGCAGACCAGUUGACUUUGGGGAAGAAGGACCGGAGUAUCGGUUGUUUACCAUUGCAUUGAUGCUAGCGAAUAAAUUUCUCGACGAUAAUACAUUUACAAACAAAACUUGGUCGGAGGUUACAAGUAUCCCUGUCAAGGAGAUCAAUAAAAUGGAACUUGCAUUUUUGGAAUGUAUGGAUUUCAAAAUGUUUGUCAGCGGUUCAGAUUACUCUCAUUGGCUUGAUUGUUUAAAAGAAUAUACAAAGACUCAGCAACAGUUGUAUAUUCAUCAGCGGCAGAGAUCAUCUGAUGCUUUAAAUAAUGGAUCUUUAAUCACAGCACAAAUUCAAAACCAGUCAGAUUCAGUUAGACCCACUAGGAAGUCUAUGCAGUUUAAUCAAGAUUCAACAUCAUAUUUUGAUCCCAAUGUCACGGUUCCCAUUGUUGGCCAAUGUAUGAUGCCCGUAAACCAGUUGUCCAAUGGAAUGACAUUUUCACUUCCCACAAGUAUUAGAUCAAAUGUUAACGGGAUCGUUCAAUCAUCUGUUCCAGCUCGUAUACAGCAUUCGUUUGGACGGAAUUCAUCUUCUCCGGCUUUUCAGGCAUUGCAUAAUUCAUUUUUUAAUCCUCUGAGAAACAGUGAAAAUGCGAACGGAGAAGUUGGACCCUUCAAUCACACCAAGCGUCAUAGCAUGCCUGCAAUGAACUUACAAAAUAUCAUAGAUCAAACGCCACUACAACAAACCAGUCAAUUCAAACCGGUUAAUAGCAACCCUCAUGCUUAUCAUUUGGCAACAGUAAAAAUGGAAGCUAAUCAAAUUAAUCCUUCAAGCGUCAAUACUUCGUAUCAUAAUAAUAGUGCAUCCCGCGUUGACGUAAUAGGCCAGUUUGACAACUCAGAUGUAUAUGGGUCAUACGGAAACGUUGGCGUCAGUGAUCAACGCGGCGAACAACCUCAUGUUAACUUUCCGGUUCCCAUUGUUGGUAAUCUCGAUAAUGUUAACAGUAUUGCUCAUCAUAAACCGUUGACCCAAUUAUUUAAUACGAAGACGAUUGCGACGCACUACCCUAACGUUAAUGAAAACGUGACAGAUAAUUUACACAGUUUCAUCAAACCUCAACAGCAGAAAGUUACAACAGAAGUCCAUGAAAAUGAACAACAAUUGACUCACCGCCGCUCGAUGCCUCAACUUGUUAGGUCUGCAUAUACCUCGUCCCUUGGAUAUGCAGGUAUGAUGUCACAAGCGGAAGACGGGUAUAACUCGACCGCAAUACAAUCAGGUGUCGCUCACAUUCAUUCUCCCGAGCAACAUCAUUCAACGCCUCCAUUGAUGUAUCACCAAAAAGAUCUCGGAUCUAGGGCGGCACAACAUAAAGUCGGGAGUUUGGCACCAUUUAGCAUGGGAGUGAGCAGUAACCCUCCAACCCCUGUUGAUCUUCCAUCUAAUUUGAUGAUUCAACCUUAUCGAUCAAUUAUUGGCAGUAACUAUAACAAUGCACAUAACUCAGCUCAUUCUCAAAAAUCAGGUCAAUACUAUGGUUCUGUUCAGGCGCAACAGGGAAUGAAUAUUGUCGAUGGCAUUGGUGGAUUUGUUUUUCCUCUGUUCGGUUCAAACGGCAGCAGUAACAAUGAUAGCACCGUUCAACCAUACUCAGUCAAAAGAUCUGAGGAGGGAAUUGUGAAUAAGAAUCACGGAGUCAUUGGACCUAUCGCUCCUGUGAUGAUUGCCCCGCCAGGGUUGGGAGUCGUCGGUGGGUUUGGUCCACCUGCAAUGACGGUUCAAACAUCCCGAGAACAUCUACCAACAACAGCAUCUAAUAAAGUUGUUGGGUCCGCUGUCUCAAAUAUUUCCAGCGGUGGAUAUUAUCGUAUGUUUGAUGGGAUUACCAUCGCCUAA